AUGAUGCUCCACGAGGCAGUGAUGUUGGAAAUCUACCGACAGGCCCUUCACGCUAGUGAAAUGGCCAGCCCUAGAUGCCAAUCGAGGGAAUCGUCGUCGGGCGGGGGACGCUGUCCAUCGGACGAGUCCAUCCGCUCGGAGGGCGAGCGUGAGGAGCAGGGCGGGGGCAACAACCUCAGCCCGGUCUCGAUCACGCUCCCGCCGACGCUACCACCGGCCGCUGCAGCCGCCCUCCUGCCUCAGCAUUCGGCCGCGAUGGCGGCCUACCUGAACGUAGCAGCCGUUGCAGCGCAACAGAACCGGCUGCUGCUCGGGUCGCCGCUGGCCGCCGGCCUGGCCGCGGCCCGCAACGGCUCGCCCCCCGUACUACCUCUCCGCUCGCCGACGGACGAGAGCGACGACGCGACGACGGUGCUGGACUUUAGCAAAAAGCGCGGCACCGGCGGUGGCGACGGCGCCGACGACGACGAGGACGACGACGAGGACGACGAGGACGGUGGGGCCGGGUCGGGCAGUGGGGCCGGAGGUCGCGGCAGUCGCGGAAUGGACGGUGAGGGUGAUGGGGACGGUGGGAGUGAGUGCGGCGAUGCGGUUAACCUGAGCCAAAAGUCGUCGCUCGGGGACAACAGCCCGCUGGACCUUUCCGUCAGCCACCGGAAGCGCACGGGGAAUGAGGACGCGGCCUCGCCGCCACCCCGCAAGACGACCCGCUCCCUCGACUACAAACCGGCCAUCGUAACGCCCUGGAGCACCCCGGUCACCCCUCAACUACCGUACUUGGCCGCCGCAGCCGUCGCAGCCGCCGGACUCUCGCCCAAGAACAACCACCAUCAUCACCAGCAACAUCAUCAGCAGCAACAGCAACAACAGCAACAGCAACAGCAGCAGCAGCAACAACUGCACGACAGCUGGAACGGCAAGCACAAGUCGAGCUCGGCGUCGAUGGCCAACGACGCCACGAAGGCGCUCGAGAAGAUGUCCGAGCUGAGCCGCCUCGGAGGAGAAGACAUCUACCGGCCGUCGAACGCUGGCCUCGGACGGGAUGGCAACACGGGCGGCUCGGGUGGUGGUGGAGGCGGAGGAGGUGGAAGGCACAGUGCGUGGCAGUCCCAUUGGCUCAACAAGGGCGCCGAUUCAGCCAAGGACGUGCUGAAGUGCGUCUGGUGCAAGCAGAGCUUCCCCUCGCUGGCCGCCAUGACGACGCACAUGAAGGAGACGAAGCACUGCGGCGUCAAUGUUCCGCCGGUCGGAGGUCCCGGUGGACCGGGAGGCGGUGGUGGACACUCGCAGCAACCGAUUCCUCCUCCCUCGCAGAACAACAACAACAACAACAACAACGGUGGCAGUAUGGGAGGUGGCCAGGGUCAUGGUAACUCGAAACCUUCGCCGAGCGAGCUGAACAUGCUGAUCAAGGAGACGAUGCCGCUGCCGAGGAAGCUGGUGCGGGGUCAGGACGUUUGGUUGGGCAAGGGGGCGGAGCAGACGCGCCAGAUCCUCAAGUGUAUGUGGUGCGGGCAGAGCUUCCGGACGCUGGCCGAGAUGACGGCGCACAUGCAGCAGACGCAGCACUACACCAACAUCAUCUCGCAGGAGCAGAUCAUCUCGUGGAAGUCCUCGGACGGGGAGAAGGGUGGCGCCGGUGGUGCUGGCGGUGGUGGUGGACCACCGGGUGGUGCCGGGCCGAGUGGAGGCAACGGAGGACCGAAUGGAGGUGGUGGUGGUCCGCCACCCGGUGCGGGUGGGAAUGCGGCGGCCAGUGCGGCGGCUCAGACGAACAGCCACGUCAGCGCCGUGCUGACGUGCAAGGUGUGCGACCAGGCGUUCUCCUCGCUGAAGGAGCUGAGCAACCAUAUGGUGAAGAACGCACACUACAAGGAGCAUAUCAUGCGCUCGAUCACGGAGAGCGGCAGCCGCCGGCGGCAGACGCGGGAGAAGCGCAAGAAGUCGCUGCCGGUGCGCAAGCUGCUCGAGAUGGAGCGAGCCCAGCACGACUAUGGGAAGAACGGGGGACCCGAGGGUGGCAAUGGGCCCGGAGCGGGGGCGGCGGCAGCUAAUAAGCCGCUGCGGGAUCUCGGCGCGGGCAAGAUCAGCUGCGAGAAGUGCAAUGAGAAGAUCGAGACGACGCUGUUCGUCGACCACAUCCGCCAGUGCAUCGGAGGGACGGCGUUGCUGGCGGCUCAACAGCAGCGCGAGAAGCUGAAGAGUGCGCUGCUGUCCAACACGAUCCUGCCGCCGGACUCGAUCUCACCGGUAGCGGGACGCGACGGUCGGAAGAGCGCCGACGAACACCAUCUCCAUCUGGUGUCGCCACUUUCGUCGCAAAAGUCUCCACUCGGCUCGGACCUGUUGUCGCCGGUGUCGCUGCUCGGGAAGAAGGAAGGCUCAGGCACUGGUGGUGGUGGCAAUGGUGGUGGAGGUGAGAAGAGUUCCUCACCCUCGGUACUGAACGCAAUCGAGCAGUUGAUCGAGAAGAGCUUCGACACCCGUUCGCGUCAUUCCGGUUCGAGCUACCAGGGAGGUGGUGGUGGUGGUGGAAGCGGUGGUGGAGGUAGCCAGAGUGCCACUCCCCUCGGCUCGAGCAUCCUCAAGCGGCUCGGCAUCGACGAAAGUGUCGACUACACGAAACCGCUCGUCGAUCCGCAGACGAUGAAUCUGCUCCGAUCGUACCAUCAUCAGCAGCAACAGUUCGCGUCGCAAGCUUUUGGGCGGCGGGAGCGGAGCGGAAGUGAGUCGAGUUCGAUCUCGGAGCGUGGCAGCAGCCGGUUGGACUCGCUGACGCCGGAGAAGAAGUUCGACACGCCGAGCCACUCGACGCCGCGUGGAACUCCGGAUAAGCCGUUCCUGGACGCGGAUGGCGGCGAAGGAGCGCAUCGGCCGCCAAGCGGGGUCAACAUCAAGCGUGAGAUGAACAUGAGCGACGACGAGCAGGGGGAGGAAGGCCGGAAGGGCCACUCGCCGGUGGCGGAACAGGGCAAGAUAAAGGUGAAGAAGGAGCUGGUCCUGAUGCCGGACGAUCACGAUGAGGAGAUGCGGCCACCGAGCACGGCGCAACACCGCGGUGAGGAGCGGGAGGAUCACCCGGAGCGGCGGAACAGUGUCGCCUCGAGUCCCGCUCCGAGUCCCCGCCUCUCCACGGCCAGUGUCCCCCUCAGUCCGGCUGCUAGUCCCCUCAGCGAUCAUCAUUCCAUCGCGUCCCGUUCGACUCCGGGCGCCUCGGACUGCUCGAAGAAGCCACCCUCGGUGAGCAGCAGCCUCGGAGCGCUUUCGUCCAUGUUCGACAGCCUGACCGGUGUCGGCGGUGGCGGCUCGGGAGGCAACGACACGGGUUCAGGUGGUGCCGGCAACGGGGGGGGUUCCGGGGGCAAGAAAUCGAGCGCUCACCCGCUGGCCGCCCUGCAGAAGCUUUGUGAUAAAACCGAAACACCGUCGGCGGCUGGAGGAGGUCGAGGCGGCUCGGCUAGUUCUGCGUUGCUGGCCGCUACGGCGCAGGGAGGUUCCGGCUCGCGGACCGCCCCCGGUGCCAUCCUGGCGUUCAGCUGGGCCUGCAACGAUGCCGUCGUGUCGGACGACGUGAGUGGCGUGAGUGGCAGCACGAUCAAGUGUGCGUACUGUGAUACGACGUUCAACUCGAAAGGCGCCUACCGGCACCAUCUCUCGAAGGCGCACUUCGUCAGCGACGAUGUCAUCCCGGACCCGAAGCAACAUGGCGCCGGCUCGGGAGCCCUCUCGCUCACCGCCACCAGCGGCGCCCAAUCGCUCAAGACACGCGCCUCGCCCGCCCCCCACUCGCCAAAGUCGACCGGAUCGACCGCUCCGCUCUCGCUCGUCGCCGGCUCCGGUUCCGGAUCCGGAUCGUCCUCUUCGUCGUCUUCAGGCGGCGGCGGUGGAGCGGGAGGCAACGGACGGGAAAGCGUCGAACGGCGCUCGGACGGUGCUUCCGGCAGCGGGAACGGACCGUCGGCCAAAAGCCCACCGCCCCCGCAGUCGCCCGCCUUCGACGAGAGUCCGCACUCCAAGUUCCUCAAGUACACCGAGCUGGCCAAGCAGCUGUCGUCCAAGUACGUCUGA